AGCCCUGGCUCCAGCCGGGUGCCUGGCCUCCUGCCUCCAGCCGAGGCUCCAGCCUGGAGCCGGGACCCUUGGGCGCUAGGAGGGCCGCCGGCCCCCUUCGGCCCGGGGCCCCCACCCUUCGGCGACGGCCCCCGCCCGGCUGGCGCACGGCGGCCUGCGCACGCCAGGGCCAGCGGCACGCCGUCGCAUGCGCCCGCGGCGCGGAGGCCCGCGCGCCGCCGCCGCCGCGCUCGCCCCGCUGCUGCUGCUGGCCGCCGGGCCUGCCGCGGGCGCCCCCGCGCGGGCCUCCGCGGAGUCCAGCGCCUGCGCCUCGCGCUGCGGCGCCCUGGGCCCGCUGCUGCGGGAGGCGGCUGCGCUCACGGGCGCGCCCGCGCCGGCCGCGGCGCUGGCGGAGCUGCGGGGCGCGGGCGAGGAGGCCCUCGCGGCGUGCCCCCUGGCCAAGCUCGUGCUGCAGCUCGGGCUGCUGUACUUCUCCGGGCCCGGCGCGGCCGCGCCGCUGGGGGAGUUCCUCUCGGGCCUGGACGCGUGCGACCUCACCGAGGCGGGCCUCUUCCGGAUCGCGCGGCUGUCGCGGCCGCAGAUGGCCCACGCCUUCUGGCUGAUGAGCGGCGCCAGCGCCAGCGCGGUGCCGCGGCAGCUGCUGGCCCGCCUCGGGCGCAACGGCACCGGCUCCGGCGACCUUCAUCGGCCCUGCCGCCGCCUGGCGUUCGACCUCGGGUCGGGCCACGGCGACGACGCCGCCUUCUACCAGGCGCUCGGUUUCUGCGUGGUCGCCACCGACGCCCAGCCGGGCUCCAUGGGGGGCCUGCCCAGGGGCGCGGGGCGCAGCCUGAUGAAGCUUCGGCGCGCCAUUGUCGCGGAGGACGGGCCAGUCACGAUCCGUUUCUUCGUCUGCGGGGUCGACGUGACGCGUAGCUCGACUGACCCGGCGCUGGGGGAGAACCCCGACUGGUGCCAGGACCAGAGGACCGUCGAGGUGCUCACGACGACGUGCGGCCAGCUCGUGGGAGACUUCGGCGCCCCCGCGCACGUCAAGGUCGACGUGGAGGGAGCUGAUCUUGCGUGCCUCGACUCGAUGCUGCCCGUCGCCCAGCCAGGGACGAUAUCCGUCGAAGUGCCAGUCGGCCAAGCUGGGAGGGCGGACGUUCAGGCAAGCAUACGGCUACUGCAGCGUCUCCAGCGAGCUGGGUACCGCCGGUUCAAGCUGUGCAGGAGAGCGGAGGAGCAGAGAGCAGCGGCAAGCGAGCCCGCAGAGCUCGGCACGGGAGGUCGCGGGACAGGCCUGAGGCGACUGCGGGCCAGGCUGCGGGACCAGAUCGGGUUCAACAGCUUCUGGAUUUUGGAUGGGCUCCAGACCCAGGCGCUGGGCGGCCGCGUCCCGCAGCUGAUGCACUUGUGCGCCACGGUGGAGCGGGCCGCGCAGGCCGAGAGCGGGGGCCUCGCCUCCCUCGUCCGCGGCGGGGGCCUGGACGGGCUCUUCGAGGACGAGGUGGACGACUUGCCCGUCGAAGCUGAUUUCGACCUGGCGCAGGUGCACGCCCUGGCGCAGACCACCUGCGCGGAAGCCAACGCGCUGUGGGCGGGCCAGCGCGAAGCGCUGCAGGCCGGCGAGGAGGCGCUCCUGUGGCGGGCCGUGAGGCUGAGGGAGUUGGCGCUGUGCUCGCCCUUCCUGCUGCUGAAGCACGCGCAGGCCACGAGACUCUCGGAGGGCGAGGCGCUGGAGUGGCUGCGGCAGGUGCAGCGCGCGUGCCUGGCGGCGCUGCAGAAGUCCCAGGACCAGCGCGCCGCGCUCCGCGGGGCGCGGCGCGAAAAGCUUGAGGGUCGCAGCACCAUCGCCGACGUCGACACGACCGACGGGAUGAACGCCGCCGUGAUCGAUGACGGGGCGCUGCUGGCUCUACUGGUGGCCACCGUGCCCCUAACGUUGCUCAUCCACUAG